UGAAAGCACGGGGCGGCCGGGGUGGCGACGGAUUGCAGGGCGAGGGGGUUGCCUUUCUCCUAAGACUGCUUUACAGUGCCCGAGUUCUCCUCGGACUUUGCUGAGGGCGUGAGGAGAAACGCGCUGCCCCGUGGCUGGCGCAGCCCCCGCUCUCUCCCCUCCCGACUGGACUGGCUGCCUUCCCGCUACUUUCGGCAAAGGGGCCCUUUCAGAGGUGCCGAAGCGCAGACGCGCAGCGCGGCGUCUGUCAAGGGGCCAGAUAAAUGCGUUGCGCAAAGUAAAGCGGGCGGCUGAGAGACAGCUGCUUAAGCGGCAGCGGUGACAGGAGGCUGAAGAGAACGAUGCCCGGGAGUGAGCCCUGGAGCUAACGCUUCCUCGCCCGCAGCAGCAGCAGCCGUCCCGCCGGGCCGCGCCUGCCUUGAGCCAGAGUAGCGCCGAAGGAGGAAAGCAUGGCGCGGGAACCCGGCUGCCGCUCCUGGCCCCUCUUCGCCCUGCUAAACGCGCUGCUGGGGCUGGUAUCGGGCCACCCGCAGUGCCUGGACUUCAAGCCGCCCUUCAAGCCGCCCCGGACGCUCACUUUCUGCGUGCAGUACUCGGACUUCGGCUGUUGCGACUUGGAGCGCGACUCCGCCCUGCUGGAGCGCUACUACAGAGUGAGCGGGCAUCUCGACCAGGCUGCCUACGCUGCCUGCUCCAGCCACCUGCAGGACCUCUUGUGCCAGGAAUGCUCCCCCUAUGCUGCUCACCUAUAUGAUGCUGAAGACCCUUCUACUCCAGAGAGAACUGUGCCAGGACUCUGCCGAGAUUACUGUGCACAAGUGUGGCAAAACUGCAGGUCCAUGUUCCGUCACCUUUCUCCUGACAAAGAGUUACUGGCUCUGGAAAACAACAUGGCAAAGUUCUGCCGUUACUUGUCCUUGGAUGAUACUGACUAUUGUUUCCCUCACCUCCUAGCCAAUGAUAAUCUUAAUCAAGACCUUGGGUUAGUGACUGCUGAUUCAGAAGGAUGCCUGCAGUUGUGCUUAACUGAGGUUGCCAAUGGGCUUAGGAAUCCAGUGGCCAUGGUACACGCAAAUGACGGAACUCACAGAUUCUUCAUUGCUGAACAAGUUGGCUUAGUCUGGACCUACCUUCCAGAUCGGUCACGGCUUGAAAAACCAUUUCUGAACAUCACUGAAGCUGUACUUACCUCACCUUGGGAAGGAGAUGAGAGAGGUUUUCUAGGUAUUGUCUUCCAUCCUAAAUUCAAAUUUAAUGGUAAAGUGUAUGUCUACUAUUCAGUUGAAGUUCAGUAUGAAGAGAGAAUCCGAAUCAGUGAGUUCAGAAUUUCUCCUGGUGACAUGAAUUCUGUGGACCAUGGUUCUGAAAGGAUAAUUCUUGAGAUAGAAGAACCAGCUUCGAAUCAUAAUGGAGGGGAACUGCUGUUUGGAGAUGAUGGCUAUCUUUAUAUCUUCACUGGAGAUGGGGGAAUGGCUGGUGAUCCUUUUGGGUCAUUUGGAAAUGCUCAAAACAAGUCAACACUGUUAGGCAAAGUGCUCCGGAUCAAUGUGGACAACAAUGACCAUGGGCCUCUUUAUCGAAUCCCUCCUGACAAUCCUUUUAUUAAUGAACCAAAAGCACGGCCUGAAGUCUAUGCUUAUGGGGCAAGAAAUAUGUGGCGCUGCUCGUUUGAUAGAGGUGACCCUUACACAAAGGAAGGGAAAGGACGGCUUUUCUGUGGUGAUGUGGGACAGAAUAAAUUUGAAGAAAUUGACAUUGUAGAGAAAGGAAAAAAUUACGGCUGGAGAGCAAGGGAAGGGUUUAGCUGUUACGACAAAAAGCUUUGCACCAAUUCCUCAUUAGAUGAUGUUCUUCCAAUAUAUGCUUACCCACACAAAAUGGGGAAAUCAGUUACAGGAGGCUAUGUCUAUCGGGGUUGUGAGUCUCCAAACCUGAACGGGCUGUAUAUAUUUGGUGAUUUUAUGAGUGGACGCCUUAUGUCCUUGAAAGAGAACCGAGUAACUGGGGAAUGGCAGUACAAUGAAAUAUGCAUGGGAACAGGUCAAACUUGCAUGUUUCCUGGACUAAUCAAUAACUACUAUCAGUAUAUCAUCUCUUUUGCUGAAGAUGAGGCAGGAGAACUUUAUUUCAUGUCAACUGGAGUACCAAGUGCCACUGCUUCUAAUGGCGUAGUUUACAAAAUAGCUGAUACUUCACGGAGGGCACCACCUGGGAAAUGCCGCAUUGAGCCUCUACCAGUGAAAGUGAAAGGCAAGCUCAUGAAGCUUUCUCCAAAGGAAAAGCUUAUAGUUAAAAUACCAACACGGCGCCCUAAACUAACAGCCACAACCAAAGCCCCAACUAGGAGUAGAGCAACAGCAGAACCACCUCGAGCUACAACUCCAGACUGGAUGGAACAACUUUUGACCCUUCUGAGAAAUCAGAACAGAGUGCAGACAACCACAGCACCACCAAAAACAAGAGUUCCAAGGCCCAGAAAGGGUGGAAGGGCUGGGAGAAGAAGAGGUCAGAGGAGGAGAAAUAAGCCGACCAGUGCUCCCUCCCAUCCACGGAAUGGUGCAGUCCGAAUAAUGAAUGGCAGUGUGAAAGGGAAGAACCGGGGCAGGGUUGAAAUUUUUAUCAAUGGAGAGUGGGGCACCGUGUGUGAUGACUUGUGGACCUCAAAGGCGGCUGCAGUGGUUUGCCGCCAGUUGGGUUUUGCUUUUGUGAUCAGGGCGACCAAGAAAGCAGCGUUUGGUGAGGGGCAUUCACUUCCUAUUCUUCUUGAUGAUGUUCAGUGCACGGGACGCGAGAAGAACCUCCUUGAAUGCUCCCAUGCAGACAUUGGGAAGCACAACUGUUCCCACAAAGAGGAUGCGGGAGUGAUAUGUAGUCAUGAAGAUAUUUUUGACACUGAACAGUAGGAGAAGGGGAACCAUGGCAUGCUACUAAGUCCUGUCCUUAAAAAAAAACACUAUCAGACAUGUAUGGAUAAUUAACACAUCUUGAUUUAGAAAUCAUAAGGGUUCAAUACACUUAGGCUGUGACAUUAAAGGGGUGUUCUGCAAGGCUUAGGCCCUUGAGGGUCACUAGGCCAGUCACACAUCUGGUCCAUUUACUUCCCUUAAUGGUCCACUCAAUACCCACUGCUACCGCCUACUGAGUUAUAGGAGAGCAGGAGGACUCAGCUGGUUGGUGGUGGGAGUGUGCCUUCAAAGGGGCUUGCUCCAUUAGCGCAAAGCCAUUUACAAUGCAAAAUGCUUCAGUACAGAGCCUCUUUGAUUGUACUAAGGAGUUCCCAAUGAGGACCUCCCUUGUGCAGCCAAUCCCAGUGGGUUUACCUGUCAGUGCCAAUCAGCUGAUUAGCACUGACAGGGAGUCCUGCUUGCAAAGGAACUGUUGGGAGCUCUCUUUAAUUGUGCCUUUGUAACCACAUCUUUACCUGCCCCACAGCUGAUGUGACAUAUAUCAGGUGUGGGGCAGGUGGGUGUGGUUUGUGAGGAGUGGCCUCAAAGGCCAAAUUGGGAUUUGUGCCAUACCUAACUAGGCCAGUAGGCCAGAGGUUUCCCACUGUUGCUUUAUUGGCUUAAUUGGGGAUAUCCAUACAACAGAGUGGGGAACCUCUGACUCAUGGACCACCCCCCAGGCCAUUUUAUGGAAGCCACACCGGCCCACCCUACAUGAAUGCAUCAUACAUGAUGUCAGGGGUGGGGUGGGUAAGUGCAGCACUUCCAAGGCACAGUUGGGUGCUUAAGGUGGACUCCUAAUUGCUUCUUUGCUAGAACUAGGUGCUCCCCCAAACCCUUAUCAGUUGAUGGGCAGUAGGAGCACACCUUGCUCAAGGAAAGGAAAGUGGUGUCCAGUCAGUGGAAACUUCUCCCUCCCGGUUCACUUGCCACGGUGGUGGCAGCAGGAAGGGGAGAAAUAAUUAUCUGCCCCUCUCCUGUCGCUGUGGCCAUCAUCACCACUGGGGUAUAACAGUGGCAACAGCAGCAGUAGCAGGCCAAAGGCAAGAAUUCUUUCUCCCUUCAUUCCAACCUACACGAAGGGGAGAAAAAAUACUUGCCUUUGUCCUGCUGCGUCUGCAUUUUAAAGUGCAGGCUUUUCUUCCCUCCCUUGGUGAGGGAGAAUUCUUUCUUUUGCCCUGUGCUCCGUCAAUCCACCUGUCAAUCAUGUGACAGCAUUCUAUUGACAGAUGAAUGGCCCUGCCCACAUGUCAGAUUUGGCCCCUGAUAAGGAUCUGGCCCAUGAAGUCAAAAAAAUCCCCCUACCAUAUAAGACAUGUGAGGGAGGAUGUACUGACUUUAUAAUCCACCCAGAACAGUAGACAUAUUCAUUUAGGGAACAAAACGUCCAGGAGAAAUGCAGAAUAGAAAGUAAGAGUUUUGAUACCUAAAACCUAACUUAGCUGACUGUCCCCUUUACAGUUAUUCUAAUUAUUUUUCCUAUGCUUUCUCUGACCUCUUUCCGUCUGCUCAACUAUAGCUCAACUCUCCAUCCAACAGUCAUUCUCAAUGGCCACUCUACCUUUGUUACUCAGCGUGCUUUCAGACAGGUGUGUAUUGGGGGAUGGGCCAUGGGUGCUCCUCAGGCUUCUGAGUUGUCCACAUGACAUUACUGGUAUCAAACUGCCAGCCCUUUCUUUUUUUCUUUCCAGUCUUUCCAGGAAAAAUUUGAUAAGUUCAAAAAAGCUGAUGCCAACAACCUGUUUGCAAUGCCUGAACCCCAUGUUUACAGUAUUAAGCUUACAUCUGGAAGCAACUUCUCUGACUUCACCCAGCAUUACAUCAUAUUCCUUGGCUAUUAUUCUUCCAUCCACUCCUCUUUUACACAUGCCUACAGUAGAGCUAGUGUGGUGUAGUGGUUAGAGUGUUGAACUACGACCUGGGAGACCAGGGUUCGAAUCCCCACACAGCCAUGAAGCACACUGGGUGACUUUGGGCCAGUCACUGCCUCUCAGCCUCAGAGGAAGGCAAUGGUAAACCACCUCUGAAUACAGCUUAUCAGAGGAUUGCCAUAAGGCGGAAUCAACUUGAAGGCAGUCCAUUUGCAUUUUUUUUACAGUAGAGCCAUUGAAAUCAAUGGAAAGUAAGUUAGGCAUGAGUAACUUAACAUUGAGCCUACUCUAUGCAUGAUUAAGCCUGGAUCCAAUCCACUGUUUGUGUAUAUCAGAUGAAUAAAAGGAGUAUGUUGUAUAUAAACUGACUAUAUUUGUAGUCAGCGUUUGCUUGCCAUUUUACAAAUGGAAUAAUGUAUAAUUAACCAGCAGCUCUUUAAAAAAAUGGUUUCCAUUAUAAAUAAAAGAAUAAUCGUGUUGGAUAUGUGGAUAUAAAAAAAUACUGGGCAAACAUCCCAAGCUGAUUUAAUAUUAUUCUUUGAUGUUAAGGAUUUAUAUUCUGUGGUCCAUGUCUUACAAAAAAAGAUUAAUAGGCAUGUACAACAGCAGUACUCUGCAGGAACUCAGCUGAAUGUUUGGAUACUUCCACUCACUGCUUUUGCGUCCUCCAAUUCUAGCAACCAGUUAAAGAGAAUAAAAGUCUGAUCCAGCCAGUCACAUUCCGGUCUAGUAGCAACCCUUAUUUUAGAUGUUUGUGCUUUUUAAAGUGAGUGAAAUAACAGCAGUGGCACAGUAAGUGAAGCCCAGGGGAGCCUUGGAAACUGGUUGAGACAGUAAUCAAAACUAGGGCAGCAAGACUUUCCCCUUGUAAACCUGAAUUCCCAAAUUCUUCACAUCUUUCAGCUGAUGUUUUUUAUUGUGCUAUUAAUUUUUAUUUAUUUAUUAUUUGAUUUAUAUCCCACCCUUCCUCCCAGUAGGAGCCCAAUUAAUUAGAAAAUUAAUUAGUAAUUAGAAAACUGAAACACCAUAAGUGACUGGAAAAUAUGCAAAGAACAUAAAGGGCAUGACUAAGUCUCAGAAAAUAGUAAGAAAAUCCAGACUAAGGAUUGUCAAGGCCAAUAUGCGUUUAAUGCAUCAUGCAGAGGAAGGACAUGAGAACAUCAAAGCAUGAGUCAAGGGCAAGCUGGCCUAAAGCUUCACAUUUCCUGGAUUAUAUAGACCCAGAAGUAACAUGAUUUCAGCCAAUGGUGUUUGUAACUUUUUCUGCUCCAUUAAAUGUUUGGCGAAGCAAAAAUGUUUUAUGCAAGGAUUAAAGUGUUUAUUUGGAAGAGUUUAAAAAAACUUAGGGGGUUGCACAAUCCCCCCCCUUUAUCACCACAAUGUCUGAAAAGAUCACUGGUUGCCAUUUGAGGCAAAAUGACAGCUCCCCUUCAACUAUAAUUCAAGUGGAAAAGUUGUUUUCAAGUGCAAUCCUAUACAUUUUACUCAGAAGUACAUCCUACUGUGUUGAAGGGCCUUACUCCUUACUCAGUAUGUUUGGGGAUGCAAUCUAACACUUCCCCAAAAAGACUUUUCAAGCCUUUCAAAACAGCCUAAAAAUGUCAUCCGCACUACUCCCCGUCACCCACCUCAGGUUAGCAUCAUGAUAUGUAGCUUGAUAAAAUAAAGCUUCCAUGUUUGCUACCAGACAUAAAAACUUGACUGCUCUAUAACACUUUGAAAUACUAAAAGUUCAUUUACUUGGAAGAAAGAUUUGUAAAACACAUUCACAUAACCACAGUGCUCCAUUGGAUGUGAGUGUAGAGAUAAGUUUUCUUGGUGUAAGGACAUUCACAAAUUAUAAGGAAAGUUUCCAUAAGUUUAGUCCAGGGCGGUGACCUUGUAAGCCUCCAGAUGUUGGACUCCAAUUCUUAUCAGCCCCAGCAAGUUUGGCCAAAGUGAUGAUGCGUGUCAUAUUUAUUUAUUUAUUAUUUGAUUUAUAUCCUGCUCUUCCAGCAGGAGCCCAGGGCAGCAAACAAAAGCACUAAAAACACUUUAAAACAUCAUAAAAACAGACUUUAAAAUACAUUAAAACAAAACAUCUUUUAAAAGCUUUCAAGACAUCUUAAAAAAAAGAUUUAAAACAAAUUAAAAAAAAAGGUUUAAAAACAUAUUAAAAAGCAAUUCCAAAACAGACACACACUGGGAUAAGGGCUCAACUUAAAAGGCUUGUUGAAAGAGGAAGGUCUUCAAUAGGCACCAAAAAUAACAGAGAUGGCGCCUGUGUAAUAUUUAAGGGGAGGGAAUUCCACAGGGUAGGUGUCACAACACUAAAGAUCCAUUUUCUAUGUUAAACAGAAUGGACCUCCAGACAAGACGGUCUUUCAGGUAUCCUGGUCCCAAGCUUUGUACACCAAAACAAGAACCUUGAACUUGGCCCGGUAGCAAAUGGGCAGCCAGUGCUAUUCUUUCAGUAGCGGGGUGACAUGUUGGCGAUACCCUGCCCCAGUGAGCAGUCUCUCUGCCGCAUUUUGCACCAGCUGCAGCUUCCAAACCAACCUCAAGGACAGCCCCACAUAGAGAGCAUAACAGUAAUCCAGCCUGGAGAUUACCAGUGCGUGGACAACAGUGGUCAGGCUAUCUGGUCCAGAAACUGCUGCAGCUUUCUUACCAUCUGAAGCUGGUAAAAGGCACUCCUAGCCACGGAGAUCCCCUGGGCCUCUAGCAACAAAGAUGGAUACAGGAGCAGCCCCAGACUAUGGACCUGCUCUUUCAGAGGGAGUACAACCCCAUCCAAUGCAGGCAACUGACCAAUUAUCCAAACUUGGGAACCACCAACCCACAGUGCCUCUAUCUUGCUAGGAUUCAGGCUCAGUUUAUUGGCCCUCAUCCAGCCCACCACCAAGUCCAGGCAGCGGUCCAGGACUUGCACGGCCUCUCCCGAUUCAGAUGUUAUGGAGAAAUAGAGCUGGGUAUCAUCAGCAUACUGCUGACACCUUGCCCCAAAUCUCCGAUGACCACUCUCAAGGGCUUCAUAUAGAUGUUAAACAGCAUUGGGGACAACUGCCAGGGGGCCGAAAGACAGUCACCCAAUGCUAUUCUUUGAAAACGACCUUGGAGAUAGGAUGAGAACCACUGUAAAACAGUUCCUCCAACAUCCAUCUCACCAAGUCAGCCAGAAGGAUACCAUGGUCAAUUGUAUCAAAAGCCUCUGAGAGAUCAAGUAAGAGUAACAGGGUCGCACUCCCCCUGUCCUCCCGAUAAAGGUUAUCCAUCAGGGCAACCAAGGCUGAUUCAGUCCCAUAACCAGGCCUGAACCCAGACUGGGAUGGGUCAAGAUAAUCUGUUUCAUCCAAGAGUACUUGCAAUUGCUGCACCACAAUCUUCUCAAUCACCUUUCCUAAGAAGGGGGAAUUUGCGACUGGUCAGUAAUUGUCGCAGACCAAUGGGUCCAGGGUGGGCUUUUUCAGGAGCGGUCGAAUCACCACCUCUUUCAGGGCAACUGGAACCACUCCCUCCUACAAUGAUGCAUUGACCACACCCUGGAUCCACUUGAUCACACCCCCUUGGUAAGCUUUAAUAAGCCAAGAAGUGCAAGGGUCAAGAGGACACUUUGCUGGUCGCAUCAUCGCAAGCACCUUAUCUACGUCAUCAGGCCACAUCAACUGAAACCGUUCCCAAGAAGUUGCAGCAGACGUUGCACUGGACACCUUAUUGAGGACUACAGUAGAUGUGGAUGUGGCCUCAAGACUGCUAUGGAGGCAAGCAACUUUACCUUGCAAACAAUUCACAGUGGGCCUCUGAAGGGUCUAAGACUCCAUUUCCUGGAGUUGAUGUCAACAGACCUCUGACAAUAUGGGAAAGCUCCUCUGGACAGCUACUUGGUGAUGGAGGCAGAAAAGUGGGCCUUCUUCGUCGCCCUCACCCUCACACAGUAGGCACUGUUAUGUUUUAUUUGUGCCUGAUCAGCCUCACAGCACGUCUUUCACCACUUGUGCUCUAGCCGUCGUCUAGCCGGUUUCAUUGCCUUUAGCUCACUGGUGUACCAAGGUGCAAACUGGGCUCCACAAUGCCAGAGAGGACGCUCAGGGGCAACUGUGUAAAGAACCCAACACGCCUUGCUGUUCCACAGUGUGAUAAGGGCUUCAACAGGGUCAUCUGCUCUAUCUACUAGGAACUCCCCCAGGGCAUUCAGGAAUCCAGUGGAUUCCAUUAUUUAUUUAUUUAUUACAUUUAUAUACCACCCCAUAGCCGAAGCUCUCUGGGCGGUUUACAGCAAUUAAAAACAGUAAGUCUCUGGGGGCGGACCAUCUUAAUCUGUUCACCACACCUACAGGGGAGGAUCAGAGUCCUAAGUCUAAACAUCACUAGGAAGUGGUCUGACCGUGACAAUGGGGUGACAUCCACCACCUCCAUCUCCAGAUCACCCCUUCCUCCAUUUGGAGCAAAAACCAAGUUGAGCGUGUGCCCUGCUCUAUGUGUUGGGCUGGUGACAACUUGAGACAGCCCCAUGGUUGUCAUAAAGGCCAUGAAGUCCCGAGCUGGAACACUACAGGCAGCCUCAGCAUGGACAUUCAAAUCACCCAGGACUAUCGUUCUGGGGUCCUCCAAUACCACAGCCAAGAUGGCCUCUGCCAACUCAGUCAGAGAAGGUGCUAGGCAGCAGGGUGGACUGUAUACCAGCAGCAACCCUAGUUUACUGUCACCUGGGCCCGACACCAGGUACAGGUCCUCACAACCAUCUCCAAGACAAAGUGGUUUCCUGGUGACAGAGAUGGAAGUUCUGUAGAUUACAGCAACUCCUCCCCCCAUCCCUGCAGCCUGUGCUGGUGUUGCACCAAGUAUCCAGGUGGGCAAAGCUGGGUCAGAUCAACUCCUCCCAGCUCACCCACCCAGGUCUCGGUAAUGCACACCAAAUCGGCAUCUUCAUCCACAAUCAAAUCAUGGAUGAGUGUGGUCUUAUUGUGUACCAAUCUGGCGUUAAACAACAACACACACAGGCCAGCGGGCACACCAGAUGACCAACAAGGAACUCAUCCAUGAGAAGAGUGGCAGCAAGGAACAAGGCGCAGAUAGCCUUGCCCUCCUCUUCUAUGGUAAUUCACCACAUCCCCAUGGCUAUAUUUCCCUCUACCCGUGAUCAUUGAAAUUGGGGUGGCAUCACCCAUAUUUCUCCGUACUAAGACUCCUCCUAAACACCUGAUAUGGACCCAACACAAGCCCACCAACAAAGCCUGCCGGAGCCAAUUAUCCCCGUAGGCCUCUGCAAGGAUUGGGAACAGUCAUACCCAUUCAAACUUUUUCACACAGGGCCCAUCUACUCCCCCUCCUGUCUCACACCCAAGGAGGACCAGCCUUCUGCCAGUUACAGACUGUCAUUCUGAAGGCAUCUGGUGACUUUCUCCUACCAUUGAGUUCACUGCACAGGGUCUCACCCUGUGCAGGAACUACACAUGCACCACAUGCCCUCCCCACCACCAAUCUCCUCAAGAUUGGUUUAACAGAAAAUAAAAUUUAAAAAAGGCAAUAGAAGGGGGGUAGCAUCCUCACCCUCAUGACUCCCUAAGAGGCUCCCCAAGAGGUAACUCCCUUUGGUGUUUCCCCUUCGGUGGCAACUCUGCCAACAGCAGACCCGCCGCCCAAGGGCAGCUGGGCUUUUAUGCCUCCUGACCCAGCCAGCAGCUGAUGCAAGAGGCUGCAAGAUUAACUGCAGCCUCUCUCUGGAGGAAAGGUCAGGCAGGGGGUCCCAGUCCUUGCAGCACUUACCAGGGACUUCAGCUGUCUUGAGAGACAGCACCUCAAAGGAGCGAGCAGCAAGCACCCAGAUGCUCAGAUACUCACUCCCAGGGCAGGUCUUCUUCAGUCGGCUAGUGCUGCAGCUGAUUGAUUAUAUCUGCAUGAAUUUGCAUAGAAGAAAAAACAAUUCUAAAUGAAAAAAGCAGGCAUUGUUUGUUUUUAUAUGACACAUGUAUCAACCUCUUAGAAGCAUUCCCCAUUCUCAUAUAGAGAAUCUCUUAAGAUGCCAUCUCAAAUAUUUGUAUUUAAUUUUUUUUUUAAAAAAUCUGCUAAUUGGAGGUUCCCCACCCCUGCUUUUAGAUUGCCUUUUGUUGUUGUUAAUUAUGUGCCUCCAAGUUGACUAUGACUUAUGGCAACCCUAUGAAUCAGCGACCUCCAAUAGCAUCUGUUAAAAACCACCCUGUUCAGAUCUUGUAAGUUCAGGUCUGUGGCUUCCUUUAUGGAAACAACCACUAGAUGGCAAACCAUUACUACUUUGUUUAAGUUUAGUGAGGCAACUCAGUGAACCUGUUGCUACAAAACCAGCAGUUUCCUGAGGAAUAUUAAAGACUAACAGAUUUAUUAGGCUGCCCUCCAAAAUAUGUGUUGAAAGUUUUUUUUUACACAUUUCACCUUUUGAAAGACUAAGUUGUUCUGUGAACAGAAGGUUCUGUGAGCAGAAGUCAGCUCAUAGGAUCUCUAGAGCCAAUCUAGUAUAUUUAAUGUUUUAUAAAUAUAUCACAGCUUUUUCAUUUCAUUUCAUUUCAAUUUUUUAUUAAUUCUAGUUUCACAAUUUCCCUUUUUAAAUAAAUCCAUUUCUUUUACAUCCAUUUUUUAAGUCUUUAUUCUUUUGAGACUCACUUCCUCAGUCCUUUCAACUUAACUUUCAUAGUAUAUUUUUUCCACCCACGCGCACAACCUGUUUUUUCUUAUCUACCUGCACAAUCUUUAUUUUCAGCCCACUUCCCCAAGUGCAAUUCUCUUGAAUGUCUACUUUCAGUCUUUAGUUCCUUUUUAUUCCACUUGCACAAUUCUGGGUUUUUUUUAAUCAAUUACACAAUCUCUCAUUUUCUUUGCGCUCCCUUGGAAUCCCUUUGAAAUCUUUUGAACACAGUUUGUUAAAUCUUACCCAGUUCUUUCAGUUCUGCUUUCACAGAUUUCACAUCUUUCAAAUCCAAUGCUAUCUUUUAGCCCACUUAUGUCUGUUAAGCAGCCCUCAAUCAAUUUAUACACUCUCAUAGUAAGUAUAAAUUAAUUAUGCAACCUGCAACGCUUCUAAACUGAAUGGGUGAGUCAGCUGAACCAUUCAGUUGAGGUCUUCCAGAUCCCAGAUGCACAAGAGGCUGUAGGGCAGAGAUAAGGAUCCCGUGGCCCUCCAGCUGUUGUAGGACUCCAAAUCCCAUCAUCCCCAACCAGCACAGCCAAUGAUCAGAGAUGGACGCCAACAAAAUCUGGAGAGCCACAGGUUCCUCAUGCCUUCUUAAACAGGAAAUGCUAGUCCACCGUAGUGGCUUGUUCUCACUGCUUGCUCCCUUUUUUAUGAAGAAAAAUGUGACACAUAUUGUACAACCUGGUUAUAAUAUCCUAUUAAACAAACCUGAAUCCCAUAAUCAUGUGGCUGUGAGUUGAUUAAUUGAUCAAUAUAUCUGCAUAGGGAAAAAAUAGACCAAAAGGAAAAGAAAAAAAGCAUGCUUUGUUUUUACAUGAUACACACACAUAUGUCAUCCUCUUAAAAGCAUGUCCCAUUCUUGCACAGGAGGGAAUACCUCAUAAGAUGCCACCUGUUGUUGCCAUAAGUAUUUGCCCCUAUUGUAUCUUUCAUGCUGCUGUUAUACUUUGAAGAA